AUGGAGGAUAAUUGUCUACAGGGUUUCAGAUUCUUCCCCACUGAGGAAGAAUUAGUUUGCUUCUAUCUCAAACAUAAGCUCCAAGGCGACAGGGAAGACAUUGAUGCGGUUAUUCCUGUCGUCAAUAUCUAUGAUCAUUGUCCAUGGGAUCUACCUCGGUUGGUUGGAGAGCUUUGUAGGGGUGAUGACCCAGAAGAGUGGUUUUUCUUUGUUGAUAUGCAAGAAAAUAUAUCCCGUGGAGGAAGACCCAACCGGCUUACACCAGAAGGAUACUGGAAAGCAUCUGGUAUCCCCACUCUCAUGUAUUCAAAUAAUGAGAUAAUAGGACUCAGAAGGACCAUGAUUUUCUAUAGAGGUAGGGCUCCCACAGGAAGAAAGACGGAAUGGAAGAUGAUAGAGUACAAAGCCAUUCUGGGACAACCUCCUCCCACAGCUACAAUUUCUGAUGUACAGUUACGGCACGAGUUCAGCUUGUGCCGUAUUUAUAAGACGGCGAGGCUUGACCGCGGAUUCGACCGGCGUCCGCCUGCCCCAGCUGCCAUUGCUGUUCCUCGAGCUGCAGAGCCGCCAUCUCCACACCUGCAAACUGUACCAGAAGCCAUAGCGGCGCAGCCAUCUUCCUCGCAUCCGCAGGCUGUCCCAGAAUCUGUAGAAGAUUCAUCAUCUUUGCAGAAUAAUUUCUGGGACGAUGUUUGUGUUCCUUUAUGGGAUUGGGAAGGAAUGGAUUUUUGA